UCUUCUCUACUUUUAUCCAAAGCAGGUCUCUCUUCAGUGGUUGCUAUGGUCUGUUUUUGCAUUGCUAUGGGAGCUAUGCUCUCAUUGGCUCUGCCUGACCUGGUUACCAUGGAGACGUGUACAUCGGCGGGGACGCCUGGACUGCAUGGUUUCCCAGGGUUACCAGGAAGGGACGGACGAGAUGGAGAGACGGGGGAGAAGGGAGUGCCAGGUGUUGUAUCUGGACCAGGCCAGAUACCAGAGGGGGGCCAGAAGGGGGAGCCGGGUGUGAAAGGAGCGGUUGGGAAACUAGGUCGUAGUGGUGUGAGAGGAGAUAAGGGAUCCCCAGGGUCAGAGGGACCCCAGGGAGAGCCAGGGGAGUCGGACUCAGCAGGGUCUCUGUUCCAUUCUGCCUUCAGCGUUGCCAGAGGCACCGCCAGCCCUCCAGAGAAGGCCAGCCCCAUCAGAUUUACCUCUGUCAUCACUGAUGUUAACAAGGACUACAACACAGAGACUGGACGCUUCAGGUGCCGCGUGCCGGGGACGUACUACUUUGUGUACCACGCGUCGUCUGAGGAGAGACUGUGUCUGGUGUUCAAACUGGAUGGAACCAGUCUGGCCUCCUUCUGUGACCUGAAGUACGGGAGCACGAAGAGACAGGUGAGUUCGGGGGGUCUGGCUACGUACUUGAAGAAGGAUCAGGAGGUGUGGUUAGAGACCAACGAUUACAACGGCAUGACGGGAAAACCUGAAGGGAACAGUCUCUUCUCUGGUUUCCUGCUCUACUCUCACUAACCUGAAGGGAACAGUCUCUUCUCUGGUUUCCUGCUCUACUCUCACUAUAUAUAUCUCUCUCUCUAUCCCUCCAUCCAUCCAUCCAAUCAAUCAAUCAAUCAAUCAAUCAAUCAAUCAAUCAAUCAAUCAAUUAAUGAAUUACUUAAUAAUGUACUUCUAUUAUUCUGUUUUGAACAGUAAAGGCGUUUUAACUCAUGA